AGGACUUGGAUCAGUUGUAAUCAUGCCGCGUACCGUGAAGAUCGAGAAUCCCAACGAGAGUCUCGUUGUUCCCAAAUGGUUGACUCGGUCAAAGUUCGAGUCCUUGAUCGCGAAGGAUGAACCUGAUUGCACCAAGAUAGACCAUUUUACCACUGUGGCGGCGGUGCCACCAGGGGGCAAUUUUGCAUCAGUCAUGUUGCGAGUUUACCUGGAUAUAGAAAUGAAAGAUGGAACUCAGAAAAGGAAGUCAUAUGUGGUCAAGACCAUGCUGGACUUGGUCAAGGGUGGCAAGGCGGUGCAUGAAAUGAGGUACUUCCACAAGGAGCAGCAGAUGUACUCCACCUAUUUGCCGCAGUUUGAGAAAAUCUAUCGUGAGGCGGGGCGUUCCGUGCAGUUGAUGCCGAAAUGCCUGGAAAUCGGGCAGAUAGAUGGAAAUAUAUAUUUCAUUUUUGAGGAUCUUUCGUCUCAACAUUUCGUGGCUGUAGAUCGCAUGAAAGUAGUGAGUAUGGAGCACAUGCGACUCUCCCUUCGCAAGUUGGCCGAGCUACAUGCGGCCAGUGUGGUGUACAGGGAUAGGUAUGGACCGUAUCAGGCCGACUUUGAUAAUGGAUUCGCCAGGAAGGACAAAAUCCAGCAAAGUGUGAGAAGAUUUGAAGUAAAAGCACCUGAAUACAAGGCUGCCAUGGCAACUUGGGGCAUAGAUGAGUGCUACCUUAAGAAUUUCCCCACUAGUGAGCAGUACGCCAAGCUCUGUCUGGAGUCCCUCAAUGUGGAUCCACAGGACUUUAAUGUUCUCACUCAUGGGGACUUUUCUCUUUGCAACAUUCUGUUCAAGUACGAUGAGUAUGGAGUUCCGAGUGAGGCGCUUCUAGUGGACUUUCAAAUUUGCAAAUGGGCAAGUCCUGCCCAGGAUCUGCUGAUGCUGAUAAUCCUUUCGGCUAGAAAGGAUUCGGGCUGUAUUGAACUCGAUAAUUUUGUGAGAAUCUACUGGGAAUAUCUGAUCGACUGCCUGGGAGUCUUGAAGUACGAGAAGCCACUUCCCCAACUGAGGCAACUGCAAUCUGCCAUCCACAAGAAGAACAACACUUUCUCUGCUUUCUUUGCCGUGAUGAACCAUUUGCCGGGACAUUUGUUGCCCGUUUGCAAGGAAAACAACCUGCACACAUUUAACUUAGAGGACGAGGUGGGCAGGAGUUUCCGUACCAAGGCAUACACCAAUCCCACCUUCGUGGAGGUCGUUAGGGAGCUGUAUCCCCUUUGCUGCAACCGCGGACUCUUCAACUUCGAAGACUUCCAGUGAUAGCAAG